UUACUUUUACAUUUGCAGACCUUUCAAUGAUCUAAGGAAUUCAUUAUAAUGUACUGCUAUUUCUUUAAAUACACAUUGAACAAGAGAACAAACUCACUGUGUUUGUCUCUGACAUGCAGUAGCAUUAGUAGUAGCAGUAGUAGUAGAAGAAAACCAUUGGUAAAGUAGUACUAGAAGGAGUACAGGAAGCAUUAGUAGUAGCAGUGGCAGCAGUAGAAUCAACACCUGUGUACAGUACACAGGUGUUUGCUUUGUCGAGCACAGUUAAAAGCCACAGAAGGUAUUUUAGAUUCAAGAUUCAAGGGAGCAAACAAGCAAACUGUCAUCCUAAAAGACACAAUAGUGACACUUAAAAAGACUUCAUGAAACAUAUAUAAUAAAAGACCAGUUAUAUGCUAAAAAGUGCAAUUAAAUAACCAAGUUCAAUUAUUAUAAAUCAUCUUAUAUCUUAAUGAAAUAAACUGGGAAAUAAUGAUUGAAAAGUCAUUUCAAAUCUUCUUUAACAACAUUUCUCUCCUUUACAUAACCCUUCCUUAUAUCAAAUAAUACAUUCCUAUUAUUUAUGAAUUAAUACGUUCAUAUCUGCAUCCACACAUAGGAGACAUGCUCAGAGUCAGCACUAACAAGUCAGUUGUUUGAGUUGAUGCAUUGUGUUGAACUGAAAACCUCCGUUCAGAAGGACCUUCUAACAUCCUCAAGUGUCUUGUCUGGAUUCCUUUUCAGAGAUGUACCGAACCAGCCUCGUGUCACUCGCAGUGCUGCUGUGCUCUGCACUCUUGGUAGAUGGAGGGAAAGUCUUGGUGUUCCCUGUAGAUGGAAGCCACUGGAUCAACAUGAAAGUCCUCAUCGAGGAGCUUCACUCAAGAGGGCAUGAGAUCACAGUUCUGCGACCGUUAGACGCCUGGUACAUCAAGCAAGAUUCUCCCCACUACAAGUCCAUCACUAUUAAAUCCUCAACUGGUUUUGAUGAGGAAAACUUUGGCACAUUUGUAACCGCAACGCUGAAGAUGCGGCGGGAAGGUGCAUCACUUUGGAAUGUUAUAUCUCUGCGAUUUGGAAUGCUAAACACAUUAUAUCACAUGCAUAAGCAGCUGCUUGAGAUGGUGGAGGAGAUGUUCCAGGACACCAAACUGAUGCAGGGUUUUCACGAUGCCAAUUAUGAUUUGGUUCUGACAGAUCCUGCUAUUGGUGGAGGGGUGCUUCUGGGUCACCGCUUGGGUCUUCCACUUGUCUUCAAUGUGAGGUGGACCAUUCAGGGUGAGGGACAUCAGGCAAUAGCACCAUCCCCAGUCUCAUAUGUCCCAAUACCAGAGACAGAGCUGACUGACAAGAUGACCUUCACCCAGAGAGUCAACAACUUCCUCUUCUAUUUAUUUACAUGUUUUCAAAUUUGGUACACUGUGGAUUCAAACUACAAACCUUUUGUCCAUCGUCACUUCAGCAGUGACGUACAUUACAUGGAGCUGUUCCAAGCGGCAGAUAUCUGGCUGAUGAGGAACGAUUUUACCUUUGAGUUCCCAAGACCCACAAUGCCAAACAUCAUCUACAUGUCGGGGUUUCAGUGCAAACCCUCCAAGCCUCUGUCCAAAGAACUUGAGGAGUUUGUCCAGAGCUCUGGUGAACAUGGUGUCAUUGUUAUGACGUUGGGAACCCUGGUGGCAAACCUUCCAGAGGACGUCACUGACGACAUCGCAGCAGCUUUUGCCCAACUUCCUCAAAAGGUGAUCUGGAGGCACAAAGGAAAAAGACCGUCCACUCUUGGGAACAACACCUUACUCUUAGACUGGCUGCCUCAGAAUGACCUCCUGGGUCACCCCAAGACCAGACUGUUUGUGGCCCAUGGAGGAACCAAUGGAAUACAGGAGGCCGUCUACCACGGCGUUCCCCUGGUGGGCCUGCCUCUCAUGUUUGAUCAGCCUGACAACUUCUUCAAGAUGAAAGUAAGAGGUGUGGCCAAAGUCAUGGACAUUGCAACUGUGAACAGAGAGAACUUCUUGGAGGCUCUCAAGGAGGUUCUCUAUGAACCGAGCUACAGGGAGAACAUGAGGAAGCUGUCCAACCUGCAGAGAGAUCAGCCCAUAAAACCACUGGACCAUGCCGUAUUCUGGAUCGAGUUCGUCAUGAGGCACAAGGGGGCGCCGCACCUCAGGACAGAGUCUUAUAAGAUGUCCACGGUCCAGUACUAUUCCAUUGAUGUCAUUGCCUGUCUGCUGGCAGUUAGUGUGGCAGCAUUCACUCUUUUUAUUUCUGUCGUCAAGUUUUUGUGGUGCAGAGUGUUUUACAGAAGCAAAGUCAAAAAUGAAUGAGUGUGCUGCAAAAUUUCAGAAUUUUAAGAUCUGAAUUUUGAUUCAUGAAAACGAUACUAAAUCUUUCACUAGUGUGCAGCUGAAUGCACCAACUUCACACUGUCUCACCACCUCAGCACCGUGCGCAGAGUUUUCAACAGUUGCCACUGCCAACAGCCAACAACUCAUUUCAGUCAAACCUGCUACUUUACCUUUAUAUACUUAUUCAUUAUUAAUGUUUGAUUCAAAUAAAACUGUUUUGAUAAA